AUAAAUAUAGUUAGCACAAUCCAGAGGGAAGGUCAUUCUAUUUUUAGCAGCGCCCGAAUCAGCUCUCUGUUCUGGAAUCGACUGUUCCCUUGUCCUCUGCGAUGUCUGUCUUUUCUGCGACCCUUUUUGAGUACCCACUGGUGGCCCUUCAGUGAAGGGGAACGAUUCUCUAAAUACAAGCCCCUCCCGCCUGUUGCUUUUCCUUCUUUAACUCACUUGCCAGUGGGCCGUUUGUGUCUGUGCUUAACGACAGGCGGCCUUUUGCUUUGUACUCUCUUAUUUUGGGUGGCUUUCUUUUUCUGUCUUUCAUUUCUCGAUUUUCUUCCCCUCUGGGAGGGUGUUUUUCGUGGUUUUUCUGCAGCAUGGGCUUUUUAA